AAUGAAUAUGGUAACUUUGUAAUCCACUGUGCUCUAAGGGACCUUAGACCAUCAGGCACAACUGAGCGCAGAAUUCCACAUACCAAUAGCAACCCCAUGACACAAGCUUUCAAAUUCGUCUCUUGUCCAAAUUACAUGUAUGAGGUUGGAGCUUGGAUCUGCUUCACAGUCAUGACUCAAACACUGUCAGCUGCUUUCUUUACAUUUGCUGGYUUUUACCAAAUGGCUAUCUGGGCAGAAGGCAAACACCGCAACUACAAGAAGGAAUUCAAAGAUUAUCCGAGACAACGUAAAGCUAUCCUUCCCUUUGUACUCUAACAUUACAUGUAAGAUAAAGUAUGAUUCUCUGAAAAUCCAUGUUACACACUGUAAGAUGUACAAUGAUUUGCGUGUAUUUGAAARCCAUUCUGACUCAAUGUUCURGUUUUGCCAAUGUCAUUUUAAYCCACAAAGUGUGAAAUAAAAUCCAAAAAAUAUA